AUGCGUGGAGAACGAAGCCCCGCCUUCGAGGAGCUGGAGGAACUCUUCCAGAAGCGUAUCCUCAUCCUGGACGGUGGCAUGGGCACUAUGCUCCAGCGCUACAAGCUGGAGGAAGCGGACUUCCGCGGCGAGGAGUUCAAGAACGCCACAAAGGAGGUCAAGGGCAACAAUGACCUGCUCUGUCUCACACAGCCGGUGAAGGUGUGGGACGUGCACUACAAAUAUGCAGUCGCCGGCGCCGACAUCCUCGGGACGAACACGUUCAACGCACAGGCGGUCAGUCAGUCCGACUACGAGACGCAGCACCUCGUUCGCCGCAUCAACCUCGCUGCGGCGAAGAUCUGCCGCGACGCGGCAGAUCAAGCCAGCUGUGAGACGGGGCGGCGCAUCUUCGUAGCCGGUGUGUUGGGCCCGCUGAACCGAACGGCCUCCAUUUCGCCCUCCGUUGAGCGCCCCGACUACCGCAACAUCACGUACGACGAAAUCGUAGCCGCUUACACAGAGCAGGCGACGGCCCUGCUGGAGGGCGGUGUAGAUGUACUGAUGGUCGAGACCAUCUUCGACAGCCUCAACGCCAAGGCGGCCCUCUUUGCUCUGAACACGCUCUUCGAUGACGCGGGCUACACACGCGUUCCCAUCAUGGUGAGCGGCACCAUUACGGAUCUGUCUGGCCGCACCCUCAGUGGCCAGACGGUGGAAGCCUUCUACUUGUCGAUGCGGCACGGAAACAUCAUCUCCAUCGGCCUCAACUGUGCUCUAGGUUGUCGCGAAAUGCGCCCAUACAUCCAGCGCCUUGCACAGAUCAGCGAGGGCUACGUGACGUGCUACCCCAAUGCGGGGCUGCCGAACGCGAUGGGUGGAUACGACGAGCCACCAGAAGAUAUGGCCCGUGACAUGAAUGACUUCGCAACCAACGGGUGGGUCAACCUCGUCGGCGGCUGCUGCGGCACAACCCCGGAUCACAUUCACGCCAUGGCCAUGGCUGUGAAGAGCAUCCCGCCGCGUCCGAAGGGUCAGCGGAGCACGACCCUGGCCAUCAGCGGGCUUGAGCCACUGUACUUCACCAACCACAUCGGCUUCUGCAACAUCGGAGAGCGCUGCAACCUCAGCGGCUCGCUCAAGUUUAAGCGCCUUGUCAAGGAAGGGAAGUGGGAGGAGUGCCUGGAGGUGGCUCGCAAGCAGGUUGAGGAAGGGGCUAUGGUGCUGGAUGUGAACAUGGAUGACGGCCUCAUCGACGGCGUGGCUGCCAUGACGCGCUUCCUGAAUCUGCUCGCCUCCGACCCGGAUGUGGCGCGUGUCCCAGUGAUGAUCGACUCGUCCAAGUUUCACGUUAUCGAGGCGGGCCUGAAGUGCACCCAAGGCACACCGAUCGUGAACUCCAUCUCGCUCAAGGUGGGCAAGGAGGAAUUCCUGCGCCAAGCCCGCCUGAUCCGGCGUUACGGUGCCGCCGUGGUAGUGAUGGCCUUUGACGAAAACGGGCAGGCGUCAGACUAUGACAGCAAAAUCCGCAUCUGCAAGCGCGCGUACGACAUGCUAGUGGCGGACGGCUUCCCGGCUGAGAAUAUCGUCUUCGACCCGAACGUGCUGACAAUCUGCACGGGGAUGGAGGAGCACAACAACUACGCCGUCGACUUCAUGAAUGCCGCGGCGUGGAUUAAGGCAAAUCUACCCGGCGCCAAGGUGAGCGGCGGAAUCUCGAACCUCAGCUUCUCCUUCCGUGGCUUUGAGGUCAUUCGCAUGGCUAUGCACUCCGCGUUCUUGAAGAAAAUGAUCGCCGAUGGAAGUCUCGACAUGGCAAUCGUGAAUGCGGGCGCCCUGCCGGUGUAUACCGACAUCGAGCCAGGUCUGCUGCAGCUGGUCGAGGACGCCAUCUACAACCGCACUCCCGACUCCUCGGAGCGCAUUCUCGAGUAUGCAGACCGGCUCAAGGCGGAGGCGGCGGCCCGCGGUGGCGCCGAGGAGGCGAAGGUAACCAAGGUGGACGAGUGGCGUAACGCCCCGGUGGAGGAGCGUCUCUUGCACGCCUUGAUCAAAGGCAUCGUCGAGUUCAUCGAGAAUGACGUCGAGGAAGCGCGAACCUGCGGCAAGUACGAGCGACCACUGCACAUUAUCGAGGGACCGCUGAUGGAUGGCAUGGGGAAGGUUGGCGAGUUGUUCGGCAGCGGCAAGAUGUUUCUGCCCCAGGUUAUCAAGUCAGCACGUGUCAUGAAGAAGGCGGUAGCGGUACUGGUGCCAUACAUGGAGGCUGAGAAGUUGGCCCUUAUAGAUAGCCCGAAGGGCAAGUCAGUGUCGCGGUCGAAGCGGGUGCUCAUGGCGACCGUGAAGGGCGACGUACACGACAUCGGCAAGAAUAUCGUUGGCGUCGUCCUGGGCUGCAACAGCUACGAGGUGAUCGACCUCGGUGUGAUGGUCUCGUGUGAGAAAAUCUUAGCGGCUGCGAAGGAGUACGACGUAGACGUUAUCGGGCUCUCCGGCCUCAUCACGCCCUCACUGGAUGAGAUGGUGCACGUGGCGAAGGAGAUGAAGAAGAUGGGCUUUAAAAUCCCACUGAUGGUGGGUGGGGCAACAACGUCCAAGCAGCACACGGCUGUGAAGAUUCAGCCGCACUACCACAAGACAGUACACGUACUGGAUGCCAGCAAGUCCGUGGUCACAGUGGCUAACAUGCUGGGGAGUAACAACGAGGAGUUCUGGGAAGAGGUGCAUGAGACUUACCAAGAGAUUGCGGAGGACUACCUGGCAAACCAGAAGGACCGUGUCUACAAGCCCCUUGCCUUUUGCCGCGAGAAUGCGCUGAAGAUCGACUUUGUCGCCAACCCGCCGGCGCCGCGACCGAGGAAGCUCGGCACCAUCACUAUCAGCGACUACCCGCUCGAGAAGAUCGUCAGCCGCAUUGAUUGGAGCCCAUUUUUCUCAGUGUGGCAGGUGCGCGGCACUUACCCCAAUCGAGGUUUCCCAAAGCUCUUCAACUGCCCCACCGUCGGCGUGGAGGCGAAGCGGCUCUUCGACGACGCGCAAGAGAUGAUCAAGGACAUCAUUGCCACGCGUAGCUUCCGCGCCAAGGCCGUUGUCAAGCUGAUGCCGGUGAACAGCGUUGGCGACGACAUCGAGGUGUACGAGGACGACACACGCGUAGAGAAAAUCGCCACCUUCUUUGGACUGCGCCAGCAAGCGGAGAAAGAACGAGGUGAGCCUUACCUGUGCAUCUCGGAUUUUAUCGCCCCGAAAGGGGUGGCGCCAGACUACCUGGGCAGCCUCGUCGUCGGCAUCUUCGGGGCCGAUAAGAUGAGUGAGCAGUACGAGAAGGACAACGACGGCUACCGCUCCAUCAUGAUCAAAGCCCUGGCAGACCGCUUCGCCGAGGCGUUCACAGAAGAGGUGCACCGCAUCAUUCGCACGGACUUGUGGGGCUUUGUGGAGCGGGAGACGUCUGAGACGGCCGACCUGAUCCAAAUGCAGUAUCAAGGAAUUCGACCCGCCCCUGGGUACCCCUCGCAGCCGGACCACACGGAGAUGGCCACGAUAUGGCGUCUCGGUGAGGUAGAGGAACGCACAGGAGUGAAGCUGUCUGAAUCGUACGCAAUGAUGCCGGCGGCAUCUGUCAGCGCCCUUGUCUUCGCGCAUGCGCAGUCCAAGUACUUUGCGGUGGGCAAGAUUCAGAAGGAUCAAGCAAAGGACUACGCCGCGCGUAAGGGGUGGUAUCUAGACCGGGUCGAGAGCCAGCUUAGCUCGUCCUUGGCCUACGACUGA